AUGGCUUCUGACGCAGAUCGACUAUUUCUAGAAGAUCAAGUGCGACGCUUGAAUACAGCUUUAGCCCGAUAUCGGGCUAAAUAUCCUCCACUAAGCGAUGACGAACAACUUGCUCAGAAACUCGAUCCAACAUUAUUGCAAUUAUCGACCGAUCGAAGUUUGAUGACACCAUUAUUACAAGAAUAUGAAGACACAAUCACCUUACUUAAGAGUGAAAUUCAGUUUUAUAAGUCUCAAGUUGAUUCAUUUAAGGAUAGAACCGGUGAGCUCGUUAGCGAAAACAAAAAAUUGUAUACUGAAUUAAAGCAAAUAACUCUCAAUGCUGGAGAAAUGAAGGCAUCAACUUAUAGUCCUCCUAUAUUGCCCGUGGAUACCGCAAAAGGAGAUUUACACGAACGAUUUCAAGCAUUAUCACAAGAAAAGGAUAGAUACGUUGAACUAUGGCAACUACAAUCUCGAGAUUUAAAAUCUAUUCGGCAACAGUUUGAGGAACAAUCACAAGAGCUGCAGAAAAAGGCUUUGGAAUUAAUUGCUACUCAGGAAUAUCAAAAGUCUAGUCACCAUAAUAAGUUACAAACUGAAGAACUGGAGACAUUGCAAAACGAAUUGAGGAAAGGCAAGGCGGAAAUGCGAACUUUACAAGCCAAUAAGCUAGAAAUGAGAAGAUUACUAGAUAAUGUAUCAGAUAGAAUGAAAGAAAAGAAGAAUUAUUCCAAUAGAUUUAAAACUUCAGUUGGAGAAGUUAAGCGUUUACAAUUAGAACGCGGUGAAUUAGAGGAAAGAUUAGCACUCAUACAAAAGAAAGGAGCUGAUUAUGAACAGCGAGAAUACGAAGCAGUUAAGCGAGUUCGAGAUAGCAUUCAAUUAGUCGAGAAUGCAAUGCUAGAAAGAGAUCAGGCCCUUAUUAAUGAACAACAAAAAAAUUUAGAAGCGAUGCGCCUACAAGAAGAAAUUUCUAAACUAAUGAAUCAAAAUCAAGAUAAAACGCGCGAUGAAGUUGAAGCUACUCGGAAACAUUAUAACCGGACUAUUAAUAAAUUGUCGGAAGAUAUACAGUCUGCAGAGUUUGAAUUGGAUGAGAGAAAAUUAGAAAUUGAAAAACUCCAACGAGAGAAGAGAUUGCUAGAACAAGAAUUACUCAAGGCAAACUCUGCCGAAACUAGGGAAGAUGUCCGAUCAUAUAAUCAAAUUGAACAAUAUCAAUCCAGAGCCUGUAUCGCUGAAAGAGCUAGAGAUGAAGCUCUUCUUAAAGUAGAUCAGCUUCAAUCUGUUCUUCGGUCUAUGGACAGCAGUUAUCGAGACGAUAAAAAUCAUCUCCUCACUCAGAAUGAGGAGUUAAAGCAACGUCUAAAACAACUACAGAAUGAAUGCGAAACUAUUAGUGAAAAUAGGCUAAAAAUACUAAGCCAAGUCGAUUCUUUACAACGUGAAGUUAGGAUAUCGGAACAGAAACAAAUGACUGGUGAACAAAAAUACUUAAAAGAAAUAUCAACUUUAGAAAAUAAAAUCCAGUUGAGGGAGCGUGAAUUUCAAGCUCAAUUAAAAAAUAGCGAAAAUGUUUCUUGGCAAUCAUCUCAAGAAAUAAGAACUCUUUUACUUUCACAACAACGUGCUACGACAAAAUGGCGAGAGGAAUCAAAGGGUAUGGCCUCAAAAUAUGAAGCCCAUGUUAAUCAAUCACGGAACGAAGUACAUAAAUUAAAGCAGCAAAAUGAAGAAUUGAUAACCAGCUCCAGAUUAGCCAAGGAUGCGAUAGAAAAGCUAACUAGAAAAUUGAAAGACUCUCAGGCUAGUGAAAAUCGUCUAAAACGAUCCUUACAGGAAACUGAAGAGCAAAUGAAGGAAUCAUCGCAAAAGCUUUCAAGUCUAUUGUCCAGAGAGAGGCAAAUACUAGACGAAAGGAAGCUACUCUUAAAAGAAAUUGAUAAACUUCGAUUAGAAUCUGGAAGAUCGUUUAGGGAUCAAUCAAUUAGAAGAUUUGGAGGCGAAUCAUCCAAUCUUUUCAAUACAACAGGUGGUAACAUCCAAUCUUCAGCUCCUUUACGAAAUUACAGCGGAAUGGCUAAUCCUACUAUACUUACUGAUAAACCACUUAAUUCUCAAACUAAGCCUUCUACAGUUAAGCCCCAAGUCGUUAAAAAAAUUAAAAGUAGUCGAAGUAGUUCAAGGUCUCAGUUAUUGGAUGAUGGCAGUUCUAGAGCGUCUUCUGAAGGCUAUAAUCGUAUAUCUGAUUAUUUAUAA